AUGUACGAGGACCCGACAAUUGUUGACCUUGUGAAGGACAAGAGUGGCGCAGAGCUCUUCAAGGAGCUGUACCGACUUCUCCCAUCUUUGUCAUUUGAGGACUAUUUCAAGAAUGGCGUGUGGCAGAACGACCUCAUGCGCUUGGACAUUGAAGUCAUCGACGCACAUCGAAGGGAGGCCGGAGCGCCGGACCCGCCAGCAAUGGAGGAUGUUGAGUUUCCACCUUUGCCUGGCAAUUCACAGGCAACCAGCUUGGGCGGCCUUAUUAGGGCCCUAGUGCCUGGAACCACUUCGGGCAUCGUUGUGCCACCUGGGGGCAGCCCUGUGGCAGCGAUGGCCCGGGCAGCCGCGGGGAUGCAGGCGGCUGCGCUGGUGGAUGGCGCAGAGGCCAUUGCACCAGCAGAGGUGAAAGCAUCCGCGCCGAUGGUGCCAGGUCCCUCCGCAACUCCAAUGGCCAAAACUGCUGCCCCGACGCCUCCAGUGGCACCGCCACUGGACAUGAAGGUCAUCGCUCUUUUCGUCUCCAAGUGGAAGCUGGAUCCUUCACGUGCAAAGACUGCUUUGGAGAAGCUGACGCCUUCCAGGAGUGCGCCGAUGAAGAUGCUUGCGAUUCUCAACAUCUUUGGGUCUCCCAUCCAAUUGUAUAUCCUGCAGGAGGCUCCGCGUGCCGUGCGAAAGCUCCAAGGGCCCAAGAUCUGGGCGUUCGGGUGCGAUGUACUGGAAGGAAAUGGAACACUGCAUCGAUGCUGUGUGGAGAAGGAGAUUUGCAUGCGCACUUGUGGGAUGCCAUGGAAGAAGUGCGGGAAGCAGUUCGAAAAAUGUGCGGAGAAGGCAUGUGAUAUGGAUGAGGGGUGCAUUGCUGUAGCUGAAGAGGCUGAUGUCCUAAUUACUGGAGGUGAGUCGCACUUUGGAGUUUGCAAAGCGCAUCGAGAAGCUCUUCAACUGCUUUGCGACUGUGUCUCACCGAAGGAGGCAGUGACCACCGCAGAGUUGCGGCUGACAGACUUCUAUUCCUCCUACCACCCUGAAAGGUUAGUUGAAGGAAAAGUCAAGGACAUUGAGGAGGUUUGGAAGAAAUGGCAGAAACGAGAACCAGAACUUUUCUUCGAGCUUGCACGCAAAUAUGCUGACCAAGCAACCACGCCCUGGAACUCCAUUAUUUGUUAUGCCCUGAACGUCCCACAGAUGCGGGGGGUGGUCGGUCGUCCACAUCGAGGUCGAACUGCGUGUGCACCCUGA